AAGUUUUGAUACCGCUUAUCAAAUAUCAAUAUUACUAGAUCUACAGCCUGAUCGUCGAAAUUUAUGUCGGCUCGACAAGAAUCGAAAAUAGAUUUAUUACACGGCGCAGAUAGGGCUAUGUCUUGUCUUAUCUUGCUGACAUAGCCAGUUAAUUAGUUUCAAAAAUCCGGCUGCUGGUUUCUUUCGUCUGCUUCAGUAGUAUGGGAACAAUUCCAAUCAAAUUUAUACAGUUCUUCUUGUGUUGUUUCUACUGCCGAGCCCGGAAGCGAAUCAUCCUCUCGAGCCAGUUCCCAGAGGUAGUCAACUCGGCCGGGUUCGAGGACAAGACGCCGCUCAUCUUCUUCUUCCUGACGUCGGCGGAGCGGCACUGGGUCGUGACGGCGCCACGCGGCUUCGGCAAGCGCCUCAACACGGACAUGCUCCACACGUUCUUGGAGCGCCCGUUGGGCCCCGACGGGUGCGACGACGCCCCGCGCCGCAUCCGCCUCGAGCGCCUCUUCGCCGGUGGGCGCCUCGGCGUGGCGCGGCAUCUCCGGGGUGACGUCGCCGACGCCUUCCUCGCCCGCCCGGUUCUCCGCCUUCGUCUGGCCGCCCUCGACGUCUCCACCUACGCCGCAUUCCGCCGCUCCUUCACCGACCUCCUACACCGCGAGUUCCGCAGGCACCGGUACCUGGUCACCGCCAACCGGACACCCGCGCUCUUCGCCGACCCGUCGCGCCUCCUCCACGCAGGCUCCGCCGCCCAACUCGCCCGCCUCCUCCGUGCCUACCACGGCAGACAGGUGAUCUUCUUCCUGGAGGAGCACGAUCAACCGUUAAUGUCUGCGCUGGAGGAUCCGCGCUGCUCGGACGGGGACCUCCGCAAGAUGGUGGCGUUCUUGGGGCGGCUCGUCAAAGGCGUGAUGAACUGCGGUCACGUGGAGCGCUCUCUCGUGACUGGCUGCUCCCUCCUGGGCCGUACCUACACCCGCGUGGCCAACGGCCUCGUCUACCUCCGUAACUUUGACCACCCGGCCAUCGCCAAGUACUACGGCUUCUCCGCGGCGCACGUAGAGCGUCUCGCCACCGCCUUCCGCCGGGGCAAAGAAGUGGACAGAAUGAGGCAGUGGUACGACCGCUACCGCGUCGAGGGCACCUACAGCGUCUUCCGCCCUCUUUCAGUCCUCCGCUACCUCGAGCACGACAAGUUCCGCCCGUACCCGGACCCUCACCCGCUACCGCUGCUGGCCGCUUUCCAGUUCGACGAGAUCUCUGAGCUGGUCGAGAGGUCGCUGACGCAGCUCUCGCGCCUCGAGGCCGUCACCGAUGACACGUUUUUGAGUGUUGACGAGUUGGUGGCCCUGCACUGA